GGGGGUAGUCGGCAGUUCGAAGGUGGCAGCAGACGUUCUGGCGGGAAGUUGGUGCCCCGGGAGACUUCAGUUUCUUCACCGAAACGCGAAACGCAGCGACCGUGUGCUCGCCUUUGCACGUGUCACGUCCACAUUAAAGUGCAACGGUAUUCGGGUCACGUUGCUUUGGAAGAAGAUUGGAGGGGCGCCGUGAGUGGGUUCCUUCGUGUCAAGAAGGUGAGGUGAGCAAUCAGCAGAGACGAUCGAUGGGCAGAGCGAAAGACAAGGAUGGUGGCGAUGGCGGUCAGUCCGGAGGAAAAGCCGCUGUGAAGGGCAAGAAGGCAAAGAAGGACGAUGAGGAUCCGUUUAAGUCUCUUGGAGAUAAGAUUAGAAAUCAUAAGGACUUGGAAUCGAGAUGGGCGGUGUUGCGCGAGCGGAGGGUGGAGUAUUUUAGGGGCAAGGAUUUCGCAAACUUCAUAAGGCACCAUUCGGAAAUUGUCGAUGCUGCAAUAGAGUUGGGGACAAGGACGAAGGAAUCCCUACCGUCAGGUCUGACCUCUGAAGAGCAAGUGGCAUCGUUGCUGCUGAGAAGACGUCUUAUUAUACGAUGCGAUCGAGUCAACAAGGUGCCGCGGCCUGGGAAGAAGAGGCUGUCAAGCUGGCCUAGGAGGCUGGAUUUGCAUGGGGAGCAACUGUUCACAGAAGACGAUGGCUUCUUCGCAUGGACCUAUGACAGGAGCACCACCCUUUUGCAGACGCUGAUGUCGUUUCUUGUCCCGGUUCUGACUAUCGGGAUAUGCUUGUUUCCCGUCUUUCCAUAUUGGUUCAAGCUCGGUGUUCUGUACACCUGCCUGACAUUCCUGGGCGUCAUCUUUUCACUCUUGACAGUGAGGGGUCUUGUCUUUGGAAUAUUAUGGGUACUCCUUGGAAAGCGAAUAUGGUUCUUCCCGAACAUUUUGGCGGAAGAAGCUAGCUUCGCAGAACUCUGCCGAUUCCUGCCCGAUGGAAAGAAGGACGAGGACCCUCCCCCGAAGUGGACGGAGAGAGUUCUAGUUGCAUUGCUUGUGUGUGGAGCUGUUUGGCUUUUCGUUCAUCACGCUCCUGAUGAAAAUGCGCGUGCUAAAUAUAGCAGAAAGGCAAAGGAUAAACUUCAGGAGUGGCUAGAGUGGAACCCUUCUUAUGGAAUGCUCGCUGGCAACAAAACUGAGACUGCGAAGGAUGCAGGGGAGGGAGGCAAGGGAGGGGAGGGAGGAGAGGGAGGCAAGGGAGAAGGAGAGAGUGGAGAUGUCGACAAAGUAGACCACCCAUCGACGGUUGACCGGGAGGGGGUCCUUGACGAUUUGCCUUUCGACGAUGAAGCGAUCAUCGAUGAUGCUCCGUUGGAGCAUGACUUGCACCCCGGCGGGGAUGGUUUUGGAACGAAGCAUGAAAGCGGGGUUACGGAAGAUGAUGGUGAGAUGGAUGGCAAGGAGACGAAAGAGGCACGUGCUGCUGGACAAUCAAGUGUUGAUCAAGUGAGUGAUAUCAAUGGGGACGGUGAACGCCACUCUGGUACAGAUGAUAGAAGCAACAGUUGAUGACCUUUGAGAAUCUUCUCAGGUAUCUAUCGCGAGCAACCAUCAUCGAAUGCGCCCCUGUUGUGGAGUGCACGUCCGAUCAGUGACAGCAAGAGAGCAGAGCCCACCAACAAUGCCGCAGACGUGACGUGGAGCUUUCCCCUCACCUACCACAGAACGGGACCGGUGACUUGCGCAGUUCAUUCGGCACGGCAUUGUACUGUCGCUGAUUUCAGCUUUGAGCUUUUUCUGUCCUUCACAACGACGUUGCAUUCUGGAUUUGGAUGGCUUGAUCAAUACGUGGAGAUAUGUGUGUGUGUGUGUAAAAGCGAGAGAGAGAGAGAGAGAGAGAGAGAGAGAGAGAGAGAGAGAGAGAGAGAGAGAGAGAGAGUUCUGGGAGGGAACUAGUUGAUGAGAAAGGGGAGCGAGUCCAUCUAGAUCUAGAGGAUCAAUUGUCCAGUGCUGAAGAGACUUGGGCUCGUCUGUACGAACGAAGCAGAUCUUCCAACAGUGUGGCGGGAGGGAUUGAACACCAGUAAGGUAAGCGGAAGAUGUCUUGUGCAAAAUGCAGAAAAGCGAUCUCGUUAUUUGUUGCGGGUGAUGUAAGGAGUGCGCAGUGAGAUCAUCCUGAAUGCGAGGCUCAGAUCUUGAUCACGCAUUUUUUCCCCAGGAGGCAUGUCCACAAGUCUGGACUCUGGAGCCUUGGAACUGUCUGCAGCAUGUCCUGUCGCUCACCCAUUGCUACAGUGUGAGGGGGUAUUCACACUAGCGCUGUCCUAAAUGAAUCUGACUGCGUUCACGGCCCGACCUGGAUGUAUCUGACCGCAAUCACGGGCCAGUGAAACAGUCCCAGUGUGGGCAUGCCCCGAGGGAAGGUGAAGAUUUCUGUUUGCCACUAGCAUGAACGAAUCUGAUGGCGGCAUUCACGGCCGGAGCCGGAUGUAUCUGACUGCAAUUACGGGCGAGUAAAAACGUCCUAGUGGGGGUAUGCCCUGAGGGAGGGUGAAGAUUUGUGUAUGCCAAGAGAGACAGAUGCGGAGAUAUCUUACGGGUUCUUUGUGUGGGUGUCCAAGCAGUUAGUGGGAAGCAGGAGGAGCUUCAAAGGGGAAAUGCGACCGUGACGUGAAACUCCAUCUGAAGAUUCUGAAGAGCAUGAGACGUGAGACGUGAGGGAUGGCGUGAGACACGGUGAGGUUAGGUUAACUGAUAGUUAACUGAUAAUACACAAAAGAACAUGUGUAAGGGCCUUGCUGCACAACACACGAAACGAAAAACGAAACGAAUGUAUCUUCCACAAGAAAAUGCCCAGGUUCAUCGGUGCGCUAUAAAUAGUAACGAGUGUAUUUUGCCACCUUUGGUGGGCAGAUGCACUCGUUUCGUUUCCGUUUCGUGUGCCGUGCGGCGAGACCCUAAGACAAUUGUAGUUACUGAUCAACGCACUUUUAGGGCAUCAGGGGUCGGGGGAUUCAGGGCGCCCCCCGCCAUGCACGCAUGGCCUUGAACCGGCACCCUCAGCCACAGGAACGAAGUCUCGAAACCACUACAACCCAGGAUGGAGGUGUUAUGAAAACUGGAUCCAUACCUGCCAACCAAUCUUCAACUAUCACUUAACCUUCAUCUGAACAGCAGCAGCUGAACAGCAGCAUCCAACAGCAGCAUGUGUUCGUCGGAGCUGGGUGAGGGUAACCAACUGAUAUAGUGCAGAUUGGUUGGCAGUCGUCUUUUUUUUUUUUUUUUUUUUUUUGAUUGGGACUUGUCUUAUACAUGUUCUUUUGUGUAUUUUGAGUGCAGCAGCAUCGAAUGUCUUGCUGUGUAUUCUGAGCGUCGCGUGUGUGUUCACUGCACUGCGUUGUACAUAGUUGUGGAUGUGAUGGUAUGAAGUGCAAUGUGUGCUUAGCAGUCAGUUUUCAGUUGUUUUUGGUCUUUUUUCUUUGUUGUGGAUCCACAAGGAAGCACUCAGUUGGCUCGUUAUGGCCACUGCCUUGUUGUAUGAGACUUUGUAAGAAUUA